UGUUCUUCUUCACCAGAGAGAGACAGAGAGAGGGAGGGCACGGUAAUGGCGACUUUAAGCGAAGAAGCCGGGCUCGAAGCCCUGCGGCUUCUGAUGGGGACGGAACCACCGGUUUGGCUGGCGCCGAGCCCCUCCCUUUCCCAAACGACUCGAACUGCCUCGGAGCACCUAUUCGCCUCGCUCAAUCCCUUCGCUCCCAAGUCGCCCUUUGACAAGCUCUUGACUGAAGGGUUCGACGCCGAGCAGAUAUGGCAGCAAAUCGACCUACAAGCCAACUCUCUCUUGCCGACACUCCGCCGCGAGGUCAAGCGCUUCGAGAAGAGCCCGGAGGUGAUCUCGAAACUCAGUAAGGUUUUGGUAGUUGAAAAGAAGGAUUCUAAAGGUGGAAGGAAUGUUGUAGAAAAGGAAGUUGAAGACUUUGAUGAGGAUUUGGAUGAUUUUGAUGAGCAAUUGGAUGAAGAGGAGGAAGAGGAAGCGGAUGAGGAGAGGGACAGUGAGGGUGAAGAAGAGGCCGGGAAAGGUGGAGGUGGUGGGGUUGAGGAUAAGUUCUUGAAGAUAAAGGAAUUAGAGGAAUUUUUGGAUGAGGAUGAGGCUAGGGAAUAUGGGUUGAAAAAGAAGAACAAAAAGGGGGAGCAGAAAUUUGGUGAAAAUGAAGAUGAGGAUGAAGAAGACGAAGACGAAGACGAAGACGAAGAAGAUGACGAGCUCGGACAUUUUGGGCUUGGUGAUGAUGAAGAUGCGGACAAGUUGGCAAGUUAUGAAGACUUUUUUGGUGCUAAGAAAGGAAAGGUUCCGAAACAGAAACCAGAAUUGAAUUCUGAAUCAGAAGAUUCAGACAUGGGUAGUGAACAAGAAUAUGCCGAGGCAGUUGAAAAUCAGCAAGAGACUGUUUCCACCCAUGAAAAAGAACUUGAGAAGCUUCGAUCCAAAAUAAGGCAGAUGGAGGAAGCAAACCUGGAGCCAAAAGCUUGGACCAUGCAGGGAGAGGUAACUGCUGCAAAAAGGCCACUAAACAGCGCGCUAGAAGUUGAUCUGGAUUUUGAGCACAAUGUAAAGCCUGCCCCUGUCAUCACAGAGGAGGUUACAUUCUCACUUGAAGAUAUGAUAAAGAAAGGGAUCCUUGAGGGGCGGUUUGAUGAUGUCCGUAAGGCUUUUACGUUGCCCUCCGAAGCAUCUAAAGAAAUUAAAGAGUUGGAUGAGAAUAAGAGCAAGAAGGGUCUUGCUGAAAUUUAUGAGGAAGAAUAUGUUCAGAAGACAGAUAUGACUUCUGCUCCAUUGUCAUUCAAGGAUGAAAAAAAGAAAGAGGCAAGCAUGUUGUUCAAGAAACUUUGCUUAAAGCUGGACGCUCUUUCUCAUUUCCACUUUACACCAAAACCUGUUAUAGAGGACAUGACCAUACAAACAAAUGUCCCUGCAUUAGCAAUGGAAGAGAUUGCACCCGUGGCAGUCUCAGAUGCAGCUAUGCUGGCCCCUGAGGAAGUGUUUGCCGGCAAAGGUGACAUUAAAGAAGAAGUUGAGCUUACGCAGGCAGACAGGAAGAGGAGGAGAGCUAACAAGAAACGGAAGUUUAAAGCUGAGGCAGUUAAACUGACUGCCAAGAAGGCACGAGACAGCACCUCCGUAAACCACGAUCAUGGCAAAGAAGAAUAAUUAGAUCUGUUAAGAUGAUCAAAAUAUGCCUGGGGCUCCUCAUUGACUUUCCUUCCUACUAAGAUUGUGGUUGCCACUAGACAGCUAAGAGGAGAGAGAGCCAGGAAAGAGGGAGGGAGAUGCCUUCUUUUUAUCAUCCCCUUUCUACCUUCGCCUUCUGGCUUCUGAUGGAUGUGAAAAGAAACCCAUUUGAAAGAGAAUCGAAAAGAAUGAAGCAUCAUAUUCUUCAAAAGUCGGACUUAGCUUAUACAUCAAUUUUGUCAUGUAAUUUAAUCUCGUCUUUUUUGUUCCUUGGUGCAUGCCUAUCCUAUUGAACAAACAUAUCGUUUCAUGUUCAGUUGCAUUCUUUUAUUCAGCUUA